CCUAGGAGGCUGGCACGAGCGACGGGGGAGCCGGGCGCGGCAACACGCGGCCAUGGAGCGGGAGUCGGCGGCGGCGAUCAAGGAGUCCGGACCCCCGCGGCGGCGGCGGCGGCGGCGGCGACCGCGACGCCGGCGCUGGGAGGGCAGGACGCGCACGGUGCGCUCCAACCUGCUGCCGCCCCCCGGCGCCGAGGACCCCGGGGCGGGCGCCCCCAAGGGCGAGCGGCUGCGGAUGCGAGGGUGCGCCCUGCACCUGGCCGACAACCGGCUCAAGACCACCAAGUACACGCUGCUCUCCUUCCUGCCCAAGAACCUCUUCGAGCAGUUCCACCGCCUGGCCAACGUGUACUUCGUCUUCAUCGCGCUGCUCAACUUCGUGCCCGCGGUGAACGCCUUCCAGCCCGGUCUGGCGCUGGCGCCGGUGCUCUUCAUCCUGGCGGUCACGGCCAUCAAGGACCUGUGGGAAGACUACAGCCGCCACCGCUCGGACCACGAGAUCAACCACCUGGGCUGCCUGGUGUUCAGCAGGGAGGAAAAGAAGUAUGUAAGCCGGUUCUGGAAGGAAAUCCACGUGGGCGACUUUGUGCACCUACGCUGCAAUGAGAUCAUACCUGCGGACAUUCUGCUGCUCUCCUCCAGUGACCCAGAUGGCUUGUGCCACAUCGAGACUGCCAACCUGGAUGGAGAGACCAACCUGAAGCGGCGGCAGGUGGUCCGUGGCUUCUCAGAGCUGGUCUCUGAAUUCAAUCCUUUGAUGUUCACCAGUGUGAUUGAGUGUGAGAAGCCAAACAACGACCUGACUAGGUUCCGUGGCUGCAUCAUUCAUAGCAAUGGGGAAAAGGCUGGGCUGCAUAAGGAGAACUUGCUGUUGCGAGGGUGUACCAUCAGGAACACGGAAGCGGUAGUCGGCAUUGUCAUCUAUGCAGGACAUGAAACCAAGGCUCUGCUCAACAACAGCGGGCCCCGCUACAAGCGCAGCCAGCUGGAGAGGCAGAUGAACUGCGAUGUGCUCUGGUGUGUCCUUCUCCUCCUUUGUAUGUCUCUGUUCUCAGCGGUUGGACAUGGAUUGUGGGUAUGGCGCUAUCAAGAGAAGAAAGCACUAUUCAACGUCCCUGAGUCUGAUGGCAGCUCUCUGUCCCCAGCCACAGCUGCAGUUUACUCAUUUUUCACAAUGAUAAUAGUUCUGCAGGUUUUGAUCCCUAUUUCCUUAUAUGUUUCUAUUGAAAUUGUUAAAUUAUGUCAAGUAUACUUCAUUCAUCAAGAUAUAGACCUGUAUGAUGAAGAGACAGACUCGCAGCUACAGUGCCGAGCACUGAACAUCACAGAGGACUUGGGGCAGAUACAAUACAUCUUCUCAGAUAAAACUGGUACCUUAACAGAAAAUAAGAUGGUCUUCCGGAGAUGCACUGUGUCUGGCAUAGAAUAUUCUCAUGAUGCAAAUGCCCAGCGUCUGGCCAGGUACCAAGAGGUGGACUCAGAAGAGGAAGAGGUAGCACCACGGGUGGGAACAGUGUCCCAGCGCGGCAGCAUUGGGAGCCACCAGAGUAUCCGGAUCACGCACAGAAGCCAAAGCAUCAAGUCCCACCGGCGCUCAAGCAGCAGGGCAGAGGCCAAAAGAGCCAGCAUGCUGUCUAAGCACACAGCCUUCAGCAGCCCUAUGGAGAAAGAUAUUACACCUGAUCCAAAGCUGUUGGAGAAAGUGAGCGAGUGUGACCGGCGCCUUGCUGUUGCCAGGCACCAGGAGCAGCCUCUGUCCUACCUCUCCCCAGAACUAUCUGACGUGUUUGACUUCUUCAUUGCUCUCACCAUCUGCAAUACCGUAGUUGUCACAUCUCCAGAUCAACCACGACAAAAGGUGAGGGUGCGGUUUGAGCUGAAGUCCCCUGUGAAGACAAUCGAAGACUUCCUGCGCAGGUUCACACCCAGCCGUCUGACCUCCGGCAGCAGCAACAGCAGCAUUGGGAAUCUAUCUACCAACAAGUCCAGCCACAAAUCUGGGUUGGGCCUUCUGUCCAACCUAUCCCAGGAAAACAUGUUUCUCAAACUGGAGGAAAGGUUGGGUCCACAGGCAUCAGCCAUUGCCAGCAAUGGGUACAGCAGCCACACAGAAGACUGGGCCAAAGAAUGUGGUGCAGAGGACUGCACCAAGGAGCAGGGGCAGCAUCUGGAGCAGGAGCUGCGCUAUGAGGCAGAGAGCCCAGAUGAGGCCGCACUGGUAUAUGCAGCCCGGGCCUACAGCUGCACGCUGGUGGACCGGCUGCACGACCAGGUGUCUGUGGAGCUGCCCCACCUGGGCAGGCUCACCUUUGAACUGCUGCACACACUUGGCUUUGACUCCAUCCGCAAGAGGAUGUCAGUGGUGAUCCGCCACCCACUGACUGACGAGAUCAAUGUUUACACCAAGGGGGCUGACUCAGUGGUCAUGGAUCUCCUGCUGCCCUGCUCCUCAGACGAUGCCAGAGGAAAGCAUCAAAAAAAGAUCCGAAGCAAAACACAGAAUUACCUCAAUCUGUAUGCAGUGGAAGGCCUGCGAACCCUGUGCAUCGCCAAGAGGGUUCUGAGCAAAGAAGAGUAUGCCUGUUGGUUGCAACGCCACUUAGAAGCAGAGUCAUCUGUGGAUAACCGAGAGGAGCUCCUCUUCCAGUCUGCUCUCCGCCUGGAGACAAAUCUGCAUCUUCUUGGUGCCACUGGUAUUGAAGAUCGCCUUCAGGAUGGAGUUCCCGAGACCAUCGCUAAACUGCGGCAAGCAGGCCUGCAGAUUUGGGUUCUCACAGGGGACAAACAAGAAACAGCCAUUAACAUUGCAUACGCCUGCAAGCUGCUGGACCAUGGGGAAGAGGUGAUCACCCUGAAUGCUGAGUCUCAGGAGGCGUGUGCAGCCCUGCUGGACCAGUGCCUACACUAUGUGAAGUCCAAAGCCCCCCACAGCACCCUUGAGAAUAUAGAAAACAAUGUGAGUGUGCAGUUCUGUCCUCAGAAUCCACCUUCCACAUGCAGCAUCUCCAACCCCAGCCUGAGCCUCGUGAUUGACGGGAGAAGUCUGGCCUAUGCCCUCGAGAAAAGCCUGGAGGACAAGUUUCUCUUCCUUGCCAAGCAGUGCCACUCAGUCCUCUGCUGUCGCUCCACCCCUUUGCAGAAGAGCAUGGUGGUAAAGCUGGUCAGAAGCAAACUCAAGGCCAUGACCCUAGCCAUAGGUGAUGGAGCCAAUGAUGUCAGCAUGAUCCAGGUGGCCGACGUAGGUGUGGGGAUCUCAGGCCAGGAGGGCAUGCAGGCAGUGAUGGCGAGCGACUUCGCAGUGCCAAGAUUCCGAUACCUGGAGAGACUUUUAAUUGUCCACGGACAUUGGUGCUACUCCCGACUAGCUAACAUGGUGCUAUACUUCUUUUACAAAAACACAAUGUUCGUGGGCCUCCUGUUUUGGUUCCAGUUUUACUGUGGCUUCUCUGCAUCUGCCAUGAUCGACCAGUGGUACCUGAUCUUCUUCAAUCUGCUCUUCUCAUCGCUUCCCCAGCUCGUGACUGGGGUGCUAGACAAGGAUGUGCCAGCUGGCAUGCUUCUGAAAGAGCCACAGCUCUACAAGAGUGGGCAGAAUAUGGAGGAAUACCAGCCACGUGCCUUCUGGUUAAACAUGGCUGAUGCUGCCUUCCAGAGCUUGGUGUGCUUUUUCAUCCCUUACCUGGCCUACUAUGACUCCAAUGUGGAUGUGUUUACCUGGGGGACCCCUGUCACGGCAAUAGCACUGUUCACCUUCCUGCUGCAUCUGGGGAUUGAAACUAAAACCUGGACUUGGCUCAACUGGCUAGCGUGUGGCUUCAGUACCUUGUUAUUUUUCUCCGUGGCUCUGAUCUACAACACGUCCUGUGCAACAUGCUACCCUCCAUCUAACCCUUACUGGACCAUGCAGAUGUUAUUAGGAGACCCUGUGUUUUACUUGAUCUGUCUCAUUGCACCUAUUGCUGCAUUGCUGCCCAGGUUGUUUUUCAAAGCCCUACAGGGGAGUCUUUUCCCUACACAACUCCAGUUGGGACGCCAGUUGGCCAAGAAACUCCCUGAUACACUGAGCACUCCCAAAGAGACCUUUGCUCAGGGACAACUCUCAGAACAGCCAAGAACUGAGUUCUCAGAAGGGAGGAUCAUAGGGCCCUCUGAGUCCAUUUCCAAAGACUGUGCCACUCAAACUUCCCAGCUUACACAGCAGCUGACCUGCUCACCGGAAGCCAGUGGGGAGCCCAGCACGGUGGAUACAAACAUGCCAUUGAAAGAAAACACCCUGCUGAAAGGACUGGGCACACAAGCCCCAGGCUGCUCCCGGCCAGGGGGGGCUGUGAUGCUAGAGUGUCCCAGGGACUCUAGGAGAGAACCCACCAGUGCCUGCCACACAGCACCUUUGUCACCCCUCUUCAGUCUGCCCACCUGUGGCUCCCUCAACUGGAUCUCCUCCCUGUCACUUGCCAGUGGCUUAGGAAGUGUCUUUCAAUUCUCCAGAAGUAGUUUACAGAUGGACAAGCCAGACGGUGAGUUCCUGUCUAGCUCUUCACAGCCGGAUCAGGACCUGCACGGUUUACAGGGACAAGUCACGGACUACUUCUAGUAUCGUCUUUGAGUGGCUGCAAGUGACUGGGGUCACAAAGAAAACCUUGAAAUGGCCCUUUUUAUUUUUUACAUGACAUAGAUUUUAAUGUUAUUUAUGAUUAUUAUUUGCACAAAAUUCCAGGGAGAUGUAUUUUUAAA